AUGUUGCCAAGCCGAUCUGGUUUGAACCUCGGUGCAGGAGAGUUGGUGGGGCUCAAGUCAGUGUGGGAGAAGCAGGCGCAGAGCUGGAGUAGGGAGCGGUGGGGGAGGGAGGGGAAGAAGGGGGAGGGGGGGAACAGAAGCGGGUGUGGAGCUGGUGGUAAGUGGGGUCAGGAAGGGAGUCACGGGGCGGAGCAUGGGUCACAAGAGCAGUGCGGCCAGCAGCUAGGGGGAGCGCAGCAGCGCGAUGCGAUCGCUGGGCCGGCCGAGGCGGAGAGAAAAGCGGGACCGACUGCGGGUCUCGCUUCGCCCGACUGGCGCCACGCGCGGAGAGAGGCUUACGGAGGGGAAAGGCUCUCACCAGAGCGCCGCCAGCAGCAGAGCCGAAGGGGGGACGCCCUGGUUGCCGUCGCCAGAAAGGCGGCCGUGGCGCGAGGCGAGCAGAUGGGAGGAGCGGGAGGUGCGCAGGCUGCUGCCCGGCCACAGUGGGGACGGGCGGAAGGGUGGGGAGGAUCGGGGAGAGGCGGUACGAGUCAGGCGGAAGUGGCCAAGAGGGCAGAACGGAGGGCGGAACGCUGGCGCAAGGGGCAGAGCGGGCGCGGGAGGCUAGAGAGGGUAUGCAGAGAGCACGGGCGAGGGAAACAGAGAGGGGUCGGCCGGAAGGGGCCAGCGAAUCAUGGGGAGAGGGGCGAGGGGUAG